AGCCGUUUUGGCCCCAGGGAUACUGGCCCACAUGUGCGCAUGCUUUUUGGCGGGGUCCGCCAGUUUGAUAUCCGCAUUUUCUGUGCGCACGCAUGGGCGCUUGCUCACUGGUGGUCAAGUUUUCCAAGCCGACUGCCUUGAUUGAUGAUCGGACAGACAGGAGAGAUGUCCAAAAACUGAGAGAAGUACUCAACGUAUUUUUGCAAGACAGGUAUCGCGCAGCAGUGGAAUGCCAUGCAAGUGAGCGGGUGCUGAUUCGGUAUUAUUCAUCGGAUGGUACACCGCUGCUGAUGAACGCCAGUUGGAAACGCCGUUUAGGACCGAAGACGGUUCGCCGAAAAGGGAAGCGAUGCGAUGAGAUGCUUUGCGAGCGAUUGUAUUUGAAAACGUAUGACUACCAAGGCCGUCGUCAGUGCCACGUGGUUGUGCGAGACCCCGUUCCUUUGACCGCAAAGAAGGGAGGGUGCGCGCUUCUCGCCUGCUGCGAGGCACUUGCGCCGUCAGUUCGGGAAUGCUUCUUUUUCGGUCCAGCACUUAAUGUUUAUUGUUGGGAUAGGGGGUGCUUUUCCAUCUGCAGCCGGCUGGUCUGGCAAGCCCACUCGUUGCGUAAUUCGGAGUCUACCAGGGCUUCGGCGUACAUCGACAGUUUGCUCGAUUUUGUCAUCGCGAUUCCUGACUUGUUGCACGAUGCUAACAAUGCUUUGUUGUGGUCUCUUCGUCAAUGGGUCAGUGCCGAGGGCGUAUGCAAAGACGUAUGGUGUGCAAUCACAGCUAUCGGGAAUGCGUACGAUGUUAUCAUGUUAAACCUAGACGGAUGGAUCCAAGCGAAGAUAUUGUGGACGGAUGCCCCUGCAACGGCAGAGUUUUGUCGAGAGUUGUGGGCGUGUUUCGAGUUGGAAGAUGACGUUGUGGAAGUGCUGGUAAAUUGCCGGGUCCUCUGGCGACGGGGUCGACUGGAAGCGCGGGAUCAGGUGCAGCACGUCACGGGCACCAUCGGUGACAUUAGCGGAGCAUUGGUGGGGGCAUGGCGAUUUGUCAAAUUCUCCGAGUCUCGCUGGCUGGGUUUGGCGACGAGCGGCCGCCCACUCGUCGCCGCGCAUCUCCUCGGCAUCGGGGGGCUCAUCGAAUUUGCCAGGCAGGGGAAAGACAACGCAGAGUACCGCAUCAGGAUAUACAGUCGGUUCAAAGAAGACGCCCGCUUGUUAGUGUCGAUUGCCUCCCUCUCCUGUGGGGCGGCCGAGGCUGCCGCGAACUGCUUGCUCCAAGAUGGGCGCCUGCUCAGGAAUUAUGACAUCAUACAGCGCGCGGUCGAGGACAACGCGGCUUUCGUGCACGGGAUAUCUUACGGGAUCUUCGAGCAUGUGGCUGCGGAGAUGUUCGGCGGGGACGGCGUCUCUUUCCGAUCCAAAGUGGUGCUUUCAACAACCAUCGGGGCGGGUUUCAUGUCGAACCGUUUCUUUGACAAGGGCUCAGAGCUGCCGUGGUCGCUGUGCAUCGGCGACCCGAUGGAGAACUUGGAGGCCCUGGCUGGGAAGGGGGAGCCGUCGGAGCCGGUGUCGAAGCAGUUGCAUGAAUUAUGGCAUUUGGGUUAUCCCAAAGAGAUUUUGCGCGAGGUCGUCGAGGAGUUCUCCGACGUCGAGCACACCAGCCUUGGUGUCGAACAGUCACAUGCUAGCGCCGCCCAGGUUCUACGACACCACCCAGAAAUGGAGCGAGAUGCGGUUCAGUGCAGAGCAUUCCUAGGCGCAGCCCGCGCGUUCCUCAACCCAGCGCGGGUGGAUCUUGACCUCGAAAAGUACAGGAAGAAGAUCUGCACGUUCAAGACAAAGUGCACCAUGACGGGCAGGAAUUUGUAUUUGAAAGAAUGUUUCGCCAAGGCGAAGCAGCGGAAUGGCAAUCGACGUCUCGCGCCAGACGUUCGUGAAUCCAUCAUGACCAAGCACGGUACCGAAUAUGCAAAGUUGUCGGACGAGCAGAGGUUCCGCUAUGAGCACCAAGCCCAGCUUAUCAGCGACGACAUAGGGAUGGAGGCGCAUGCUCAGUUGCAGGAGCUUCGUCAAAGUUUGAGCAUCGCAGAAAUGCGAGCGGAGGAAAGCAAGGCUGGUCAAUCAUCGUGGUCUUUCGACGCAUGUAAGUUCAGCGACGAGGACGUCUGUGGUUGUGCUAACAGCUAGUUGGGUUCGCGUGGGUUCGAGGGGGCUCGUUCGACAGUUUCGUUUUGUUUUCAAUUCGCUUCAGUACUUCGUUUUUUUUGUUAUUCCCAGUUUUGCGUUAAGACUUGGGGCGAAUGUGACUCUGUCGCCAGAGUGCGUUCGGCUGUUUCGGAGUCCAAGUGUUUCGGGCCACGGGGGCCCACUAAUUGUAGCAUUGUUUUUUCCGCCAGGACAAGGCUGUAUUCGAUGCCAUGUAUCAGCGCGAUCGGCGAUUUACGAGGGCCGCCGUCGAGCGAAUGAGGACUGAUGCUUGCAAGGCCCCGCCGGUCCCAGACGUGGGCGCAAAGCUUCGGAUGAAUGCGCAGCCAUUGCCGCAAUCCCCUCCAGUGGUUCGGCCUCGGUGGCUUGCCGAGGUUUGUCAGAAGCGAGAGCACUUUGCCGCGGUAUGUUGGGCAGUGCAGCCUCCCGGCCAGGCCGCCGCUUAUUACCACAUGUUCUUAUAUGCGUACCAGAAUCCUCAAUUCAUGCAGGUCGUCUGCCUCGCGCGUCGCGCAUGGGAUCCUGCAGGGCCUCGCGGCGGCGAUAGCCCCGCCGAUCGUUGCGACUGGAUGUGGGACUUCUCAAUCACGAAUGCGUACAAGGAUUCUUCCAAGCACAUGGCGACUUGGGACGUUGACCACGUUGUGGUGAUAGAUCGCUUGACCCUCCUAGGCAACAGGCGCGCGGUGUCAGAUGCUCCUGCCCAGCCGCUCCGCAGGUUUCUUGCUUCCCUGCCCGACCCCCCGAGGCCCGCCAAAGCCCCCGACGGCUCCGUUCAGGGGGGCCCUGUCCACACCUCUGCUCGAGCCAAAAUGGUGGCCGAGAACCCUUGGCUGUUGGACGUCAUUGAUGACGCUCAACCCAUCAGACAGAAGCGCAAACGAGAUCCGCGUGGAGAGGGGCCUGACGCGGCCGAGUGCGAGCUCGAGGACGCUUUCGGCGACGAUGCCCUUGAGCCCGAGGUCUUGGGCGCGGAGUUUUGGCAAGACCUCGCCGAAGCGAGGGCCCUCGUCGCAGGCGGCGGUGGGCCGGAUCAUUUCGGGCUCAAGCCUUUGGGUGGCGAGUGGACCCAUGCGCAUUUGAACGUCGCGCACGAGGCUUGGCAGGGUCGAGCGGCGUCGCCGUUAGCUAAACAAUUUUUGGAGAAGUAUACUCUGAAAGGGUACAUGCGCUUUGAUGUGUCUUUGUACACAAACGAGGGAGCUUUAGUAUGCGCCAGGUAUUGGGUUGCUGGGAUGUCCUAUUUCUUCGACUUGUGGCGGGGCCUCGGCCGUUGCGAUGCGCAUGCUUUUACCGAAGCUGAGAUUGCCAGCUUCCGCGAGCCUGAAGAGUUCACGGAACUCACUGUUUCCUGCACCAAGCCUGCAGCACAGAAGCGAUUCACAAUGUUGCGAGGCUUAUUUCCAACGGGGAAUGGCACUUGAACUACCCACAGACAGCAUUCGAAGGUCGAUUGCACUCGACAGCAGAAGCAUAAACAUAGCAAUGCUGAUUUCAAAUGUGAGCACAUAGUAACCC